AUGGCUAGCGAUGAAACCUUUCAGUGUCUCACAUGUGAUGAGACGAAAGAGUCUCAAGAAAUGAUGAAGCAUCUUUCUACAACCAGGCAUAAGACGAUCAUCUACGCCCCAUCUGAAGAGGAAGUUAGUUGCGAAGAAUGCCAGAACAACAACAUACAUUUGCUUCAAAUCAUUCGAUUCGGGGGUGAAGAUAUGAGUCUCCUUUGUAACACAUGUUAUCAUCGUGAGUACACGGAUUCUGAAAGGCCGACAACGGCAUACUCUCUGUCGAACGGAUCGAUUUUGAAAAACUGGGAUCGGUACUUGAAAGUAAGAGACUGCUGUUGUGAACGUUGUGGAAAUGAAAGAAAAUUGAACGUCAACUCUAAGGGAUUGGUACUGUGUGAAAACUGUUUAAGCCAGCAUGGGAACGCCAAGGAUUUUGUGUCUGAAGCAAGUGGAACAUUUCUGUAUUCUUUGCUGGGAAUUCAGGAGCAGUCAAAUACUCCUAAGUUAAGAAGGAAAGGCGGUAGAAAGGUUGGUCGUGGGAAACCAAAAGGGCGGGGUGCUGCUCGAGGAAAACCGCGUGAAAAGAAGCCAUUAACCCGCCUGCAAGAGAUGGCUCAAAAGGCUUAUGAAACUAAGAAGAUAAACAGUACUAUAAAAAGUGAAACUAGCGUUAGUUUGAGAUCAUUUAAGGGUGUGAAAGCCGGAAAUCUGAACUCUGAAGCUAGUACUAAAUCUGGACCUCAUAAUAAUAUCAAAUCAGCCAAUGUGAGAGGAACAUCGGCAGGUCUCAACAAGAGGAAAUCGAACGCAGCUAACGUGAAAGAAACCACUAAAAAAGUUCCAUCAAGUAAGUCGAUUACAACAUCUUUAAAUAAGAAGUCUGGAAGAAAGGAUGAUUCGUUAUCAAAAUAUGCUGUUAAUGAUGGACAAAGCUCAAAAUCAAAAGGAAAAGGAAAAGAAAAAGGCGCGCCGGUCAAGAGAUCUGAAAAUUUACGCGAGUCAGAUAGCAAAUUGGCUACAUUAUCUCAGAAAUCAAACACUAGUGGGAAGGGCAAUACUGUAGACCCCAAGAUAACACGUCGUAAGGAUGCCGUUAAGCCACAGAAGAAAUUUGAAAACAGAUCAUUACCGAAGUCCGACGAAAACCAAUCACCAAAAAUAGGGAAGUCAGCUAAUGACAAGAAGAAGAAGCCUCUAAAUAUACCAGGUGGGAAUGAUAAAAGAUCUCAGAGGAAGGAAAAUAAGGAAAAGACGUCUCAAUCAACAAAACCAAAGGAGAAGUUUUUGGGUAGUAGAUCUGAUUCGAAAGGGAAAGCUCCAACUGCAGAUAUCGUAGGUGAUAAGAUUAAAAAUAGUGCUUCAAAACUGCAGAUAGAACAAGCUAGUGGUGCUUCUUCUGAGGAUACAGAAGAUUUCGAAGAGGGGGAGCCUUUAAAGCGAUUCACUAAAUACGUCCCCAAGAUGUCGUAUCCAGAUCUGAAAUCUUAUUUCAGCGACUUUUCCUUCGCUUUAUUUUUGGAAGAAAGACUAGAGAACGACUUUCUUCAAAAUUUCGAAAUAACUUGGCCCAAAAACUCCGAUGAAAAGGCAUUUGUUGUACGAAUGAGACUUGAUGAUGAGGAAGUGAAGAAAUUACUUCCUGCUAAUCUCGUGAAGCUGGGUCGUCUCCCUUUCACUAAUCAGCAACCUCUGAUGUUGGUCAGUCAGGACGAAACAAGAGUUUGGUACACUUUCGUAAAAGAGCUGGAUUCUCGGAAAUCUUUCGUGACGUUAUUAUUGGAGCUAUACCCUUGGAAUUUACUUGAUCUUCCUGUGAAGCAUGCAAAUGACCACUUCAAGUUGCUACCGUGCUCUGCUCAAGUGAAUAGAAUAAUGUUUGCGAUGACUCGUGUCGAUAAUCCGAAAUUCGUCAAACUCAUCUUGGGGAACGAGCCAGUGAAACAGCUAUACUUCAAGAACAGAUUGCAAUUUACUAAGGACACCUUCAAUGACUCUCAGAAGGCAGCUAUUCAGCAUGUUUUAAACAAUAGUAUAACUGUCCUGCAGGGUCCACCGGGUACAGGUAAAACGUCAACGAUCGAGGAAAUCAUUUUGCAGCUCAUAGAAAACUUCCACACAUUUCCCAUAUUAUGUGUUGCUGCUUCGAACAUCGCAAUUGAUAAUAUAGCUGAAAAAUUCAUGGAGAAUAGGCCGGAUAUCAAAAUUUUAAGAAUUGUGUCGCAGUCCAAGGAACAACAAUACAAUGAGCAGCAUAUGCUUGGCAAGAUCUGCUUGCACAAUAUUGUUUACCAGCAACUACCUCUUGAGAUGAAAAAGAACUUGUCGAAGUUACGUUCAGGCGUCCCCGGAGCUGUUUCGAAGAACCAGUACAACAAACUUCUCACAAUGCAAAACACGAUUUCAGAUCGGCACAUUGCGCAAGCUCAGAUUAUCUUUACUACUAAUAUCGCGGCAGGAGGGCGGCAGCUGAAGGCCAUAAAGGAACUCCCUGUGGUCAUUAUGGAUGAGUCUACACAGUCAUCAGAGGUUUCCACUUUGGUUCCUCUUUCUUUGCCCGGUAUCCGUCGUUUUGUAUUUGUUGGUGACGAGAAACAAUUAUCGAGUUUCAGCAACGUGCCACAACUGGAAAUGUCUCUAUUUGAGAGAGUUCUUUCUAAUGGAACUUACGAAAAGCCACACAUGCUUGAUACCCAGUACAGAAUGCACCCUUCAAUCAGUGAGUUCCCCAUCAAGACUUUCUACGCUGGGAUGUUGAAGAACGGUGUUACCGAGCAGGACAGAGCAUGGCCUAACAUCAAAUACCCGCUAUUUUUCUACCAGUGCAACGACGGGCCAGAGAACAGAGUUUUCAACCGCAAGCGUGGAAUGCGUGGGUUUACCUACAACAACCGCUUUGAAGCGGAUGCAAUCGUGCGGGUCAUACACAACUUGAUCCUCGAUAAGAACGUGCCCCGCGAAGAUAUUGGUGUGAUUACGCCGUACUCGUCACAACGAGACCUGAUCUCUGAAAUCCUUGUCAAGGACCCUGUUGUGAAUCCCUCAGGCAAAGCGAUGGAACAGCAGCAAGAUAAGGAUGACUUGGUUGAUGGCGGGGCAGCGUCGAGCGAGUCUAGCAAGAUUACGAUCAACAUCAUCAACGGCGUGUACGUUGCUACUGUCGACUCGUUCCAAGGUCAUGAGAAAAACUUUAUCAUCUUUUCGUGCGUCCGGAACAACGCUGAAGGAAACAUCGGUUUUCUGAAGGACAGAAGACGUCUGAACGUGGCACUCACUAGAGCAAGAAACGGGCUUGUUUUGGUGGGCAAUCACGAAGUCCUCAAACAGGGCGAUCCACUUUGGACCGAUUAUGUGGCCUACUUGACAAAAAAGAACGUGAUUCACAGCGAUCUGGCUUCCUACUAA